UAACUCGACCAUGUCGUCUACCUCCACAUCGUCUUCAAAACCAAAGGGAAAGGCCGCUCCACUUACUGAUCAGGAGAUCCAGCAAACCUAUAUUCGACUUCAAAAUGAACUACAGACAUUAGCAGGGAAAAUCGGCGAGCUCGAAUCCGAGGCAGAUGAGCAUACCCUGGUUCUGACGUCUCUCGAGGAAGUCCUUGCCAAAGAGCCUGAUCGGACGUGUUUCCGGUUAAUUGGCGGCGUCCUGGUUGAAAGAACGGUCAAAGACGUUGUUCCCCAGUUGAAGACGAACAGAGACGGUAUCAAACGAGUGAUCGCCAACCUUGCCGAACAGUACAAGAACGGUGAAAAGGAAUUUGACGACUUCAAGAAGGAACAUGGCAUCCGACCAGUUGCUGCUCAGUAAAGGGUUGAUUUGGGCCUAUAGUAAGAUUAUUCGUGAUCAUGUCGUCCCCGGUGUACAUAUAAGAUGAGGCAGACCUCUCCAUAAUCUUUGUCAAACCUAAAAUCAAAUGAAUUGCCUUUUUACAA